AGAGUGAGCAACUGGUACAUAUGCAAGCUGGGUUGGGGCGAAAGAAAAUGCAAAUGGAUGAAAAUGCAACUUAUGAUGACGUAUGUGCCCAACUGAAGGAUCUGUUCCCAAAAUUUCAGGAAGUAAAGGGGGGUUGGCUUGUCUAUAAAUCUUCAGGAGGAUGGGGCUCCCGGAAGCUCAACCUUAUUCCACCCGAUGAGAGUGGGUACAGUGCCAAGCAUUUGAAGGCAGCAACACAAGGUUUUAAAGGAGUGCUUUACAUAGCUCCUCUUCAAAUGGAACUUGAAACCACUGCUCUGCCACCUGAAUCUGAAAGCUUUAAUGACAUGCCAAAAGAGAAAUGCCAGAAAUGUGGAAUCACUUAUCCAUUAGUCAUCCUGACUGCACACAUAAAGUCAUGUGUGACAACUGAUGAAGCUGAACAGACCAAUCAAGCAACUUGCCCCAUCUGUCAAAAUGAAAUGCCUCUUGAUGUGAUAGAGAUUCACGCAAGUUUUUGCACAGGUGACAGUGUGGUAAUGAAGUUUGUGUAUUAUAUUGUAAGCACGCCACCUCUGGAAUUCAAUGCGUCUAUGGAGGAACCAUCUACAUCUGGAUUUUCCGUGCCUGUGACGCAUACCGGUGAUCAUUCAAAUGCAGCUGAAGCCACAAGCAUGAGUUAUGAUUGGAAAACUGAACCAGAUAAAAAUAAAGCAGCAUCCUUAUACACAAAGGAAAUAAUUUGCCAACAUGAGAUGAGAAAGCCCCUCUUGAUGACCAUGGAUUUGAGGAUGGACAAGGAAGAUCAAGACAAAGAACUUGUUGCAUUCUACAAACAAAACGGCAUAGAAUGAGCAAGCCCUGUGAAGUGCAGACUCCAAGGGGAUGCUGCCAUUGGUGAGGGAGUAACCAGACAUUUCUUGUCUACUGUUAUAUAGAGGCUUCAGCAUGGAUUUAAUUUUAACAUGGGAAAUACUGCAAGAACCUGUCUCUUUGACGGUGAACCAGGUCAUCUUGUUCCAUCAUCAUCACAAUUUCUUGUAGAG